GUAAGUCCGUCGUGAAACCGGUGCGUUUCAUGGGAGAUCUUUCUCUUUAAAUUUUCAAGAUCCCAUAUUUUUCCUUUCAUUUUUCUUUCGUCUUUACCCAAAAAAGAGAGAUUCCAGCAGAGAAAGAGAAAUGGAUCCGGAUUCAGUUAAAUCAACGUUGUCUAAUUUAGCAUUCGGGAAUGUAAUGGCAGCAGCUGCUCGUGACUAUCAAAAGGAGCUGCUUGCCCAAGAGAAGGCGCAGUCAUCUACUGCCAACGAGGAGGUUGACCUUGAUGAGCUGAUGGAUGAUCCUGAGUUGGAAAAAUUGCAUGCAGAUAGGAUUGCUGCUCUCAAGAAAGAAGCCGAGAAGCGAGAAGCCUUAAAGAGGAAAGGGCAUGGAGACUACAGGGAGAUUACUGAAGGAGAUUUCUUGGGUGAAGUCACUGGAAGUGAGAAAGUGGUUUGCCACUUCUACCAUAAGGAGUUCUAUCGAUGCAAGAUAAUGGAUAAGCAUUUGAAAGCCCUUGCACUAAAGCAUAUGGAUACGAAGUUCAUCAAGCUGGAUGCUGAGAAUGCUCCUUUCUUUGUUACCAAACUUGCAGUCAAAACUUUGCCUUGUGUUAUAAUUUUCAGAAAAGGGGUUGCUGUAGAUAGGCUGGUUGGGUUUCAAGAUCUUGGUGCCAAAGAUGAUUUUGCUAUGAGGACACUCGAGGUUGUACUGAUAAAGAAAGGUAUAAUUAGUGAGAAGAAAAAUGAAGAUGAUGAGGAUGAUGUUUAUGAUGAGAGUAGGCGCAGGACAGUGAGAUCUUCCGUGAAUCAUGACUCCGAUUCUGACUGAAAAAGAAAAAGAAAUCGCUAUCUUCUAUCGGAUUCCUUGUCUCAAGAGGUUCCAUUUGCAGUCCCUUAAUUAAAUAUAGGAACAUGUUGGUAAGAGAUGCUAAGCACUAAUAAUUACAAUGUAUUUUGGUUUGGUGCCAGCUUUUAUGGCAUGGUUCUGUGAGUUCGAAGUUUGAAUUGUAUCCAAAAGAGAGGGAAGCUGGAGAGAUAGACCAUUCGCUAUAUGAUAUUUCCCAAGUAGUUGUAAUGCUUUUUCGCCAUAAAGGUCAUUGAUGUAUGCUUGUGCUAUCUGCCUGGUUAUGUAUCAAGUCUUACCGUUAUUUUGACAUUCAAUUGCUGCUGUAAUUUUCAGCUAGUUCUUAGCAUUCCAUAUUUAUGAAUGAUAUGCAUUGGAGACAGUUAAAUCAA